UGUCCACUUUCUAACAUGGCAGAUGAAUUUGUGUUGUAUUAUCAUGUGACGGAGAAAAUCUCCGAAUAGUGACGGACGUUUAGUGCAUUAAAAUAUAAUAGUUUUUCGUGCGUGUUUUGACAUUCGCAAAAAAGUGUUUGUCACAAUGGCGGACAUGAAAAGUCCACCUUUUAGUGAUAUUAAGAGACCAGAGGAAGUAGUGGCGAUGGCGAUGAACGACAGCCUCAAAUUCGCCGUGUUGAUUGGACUUAUUGAAGUUGGACAGGUGUCUAAUCGGGAAGUCGUCAACACCGUUCUUCACCUGCUUGUUGGUGGUGAAUUCGAUAUGGAGCUCAAUUUCGUUAUCCAGGACGCUCAGAACAUCAGGCACAUGUUGGAAUUACUCGACCACUGUCCACCGAAUCUUCAGGCGGAAAUAUGGAGUGUUUUCAUUGCAAUAUUGAGAAAAAGCGUGAGAAACCUUCAAGCAUGCACUGAUGUCAGUCUUAUAGAACAUGUUCUUCAUCGUUUAUCUCGAGCAGAAACAGUUGUUGCAGAUUUACUUAUUGAUAUGUUAGGAGUACUUGCAAGCUAUAGUAUAACAGUUAAAGAGCUCAAGCUUUUAUUUGGCGCAAUGAAAGCCGUCAAAGGAAAAUGGCCUCGACAUUCGGCAAAAUUACUCAACGUACUUCGCCAGAUGCCGCAACGGAAUGGACCUGACGUAUUUUUCAGUUUUCCGGGUAGAAAAGGAUCGGCUAUUGUUUUACCACCAAUGGCAAGGUGGCCUCACGAAAGUGGUUUCACAUUCACCACGUGGUUCCGUCUCGACCCUAUCAACUCUGUCAAUAUCGAAAGAGAAAAGCCUUAUCUCUACUGUUUUAAAACCAGCAAAGGAGUGGGGUACUCUGCUCAUUUUGUAGGCAAUUGUUUGGUUCUUACCUCUAUGAAAAUAAAAGGAAAGGGCUUCCAGCACUGUGUCAAAUAUGAAUUUCAGCCAAGAAAGUGGUACAUGAUCGCCAUUGUGUACAUAUAUAAUAGGUGGACAAAAAGCGAAAUAAAAUGUUUAGUCAACGGCCAAUUAGCAUCAAGUACAGAAAUGGCUUGGUUUGUGUCAACGAACGAUCCAUUUGAUAAGUGCUACAUAGGAGCAACACCAGAAGUGGAUGAAGAAAGGGUAUUUUGUGGUCAAAUGAGUGCAAUAUAUCUAUUUAGCGAGGCUCUCACAACUCAUCAAAUAUGUGCAAUGCAUAGAUUAGGUCCUGGGUAUAAAAGUCAAUUCCGCUUUGACAACGAGUGCUACCUGAAUCUACCAGACAAUCACAAAAGGGUGAGUGAUGAGCCGGAGUUUACAAGCAUGGUGGACCAAAGUAUGCAAACUGUGCUAUACGAUGGCAAACUGUCGAAUGCAAUUGUGUUCAUGUACAACCCAGUGGCAACGGAUUCUCAACUCUGUUUACAAAGUGCACCAAAAGGAAAUGUCUCUUAUUUUGUACAUACACCACAUGCUCUCAUGUUACAGGAUGUAAAAGCAGUUAUUACACAUUCCAUUCAUAGUACUUUAAAUUCCAUUGGUGGAAUUCAAGUUUUAUUUCCAUUAUUUUCACAAUUAGACAUGCCUUACGAUUGUAUAGCGCCAAAUGAUAUCAAACGAGAUCCAAUGCUUUGUUCAAAACUACUUGGAUUCAUCUGUGACCUCGUAGAAACUUCACAGACAGUACAGCAACAUAUGGUACAAAACCGAGGAUUCUUAGUGAUCAGUUUUAUGCUACAGCGGGCAAGUAGAGAGCAUCUCACCACUGAAGUUCUCGCUUCGUUUCUAGAACUUACGAAACAUCUCGUCACGUGUCUCAGUGCGAAUAGUGAUUUAUUGCUAAAACAGUUGUUUUACUUUUCAUUCCUCACAUGGCAGUUACUGGACCACGUUUUAUUCAACCCAGCUUUAUGGAUUUACACUCCAGCUCCAGUUCAAACACGUCUUUAUUCAUAUUUGGCUACAGAGUUUCUCAGCGAUACUCAAAUUUAUUCCAACGUCAGACGUGUAUCUACAGUUUUACAAACAGUUCAUACGCUCAAGUAUUACUACUGGGUAGCCAAUCCUCGAGGGAAAAGUGGAAUAACUCCAAAAGGAUUAGAUGGACCACGCCCUCAACAAAAGGAUAUACUGACUAUUCGAUCUUACAUUUUGCUUUUUUUAAAGCAAUUAAUAAUGAUUGGAAAUGGAGUAAAAGAUGAUGAACUCCAAAGUAUUCUUAACUAUUUGACAACUAUGCACGAAGAUGAAAAUUUACAUGACGUUCUUCAAAUGCUGAUAUCUUUAACAUCGGAACAUCCAUCAUCAAUGGUACCUGCUUUUGAUGCGAAACAAGGCGUCAGGACAAUUUUCAAAUUAUUGGCAGCAGAAAGUCAAUUAAUUCGUCUACAAGCACUGAAACUUCUUGGAUUUUUCCUCAGCCGUAGUACACAUAAACGUAAAUACGAUGUUAUGAGUCCACAUAAUCUAUAUACUUUAUUGUCCGAAAGAUUAUUACUUAAUGAAGAGACACUAUUGCUACCAACAUACAAUGUUCUUUAUGAAAUCAUGACAGAACAUAUAAAUCAACAUAUUCUGUAUACAAGGCAUCCAGAGCCUGAAUCACAUUAUCGAUUAGAAAACCCAAUGAUUUUAAAAGUUGUUGCUACUUUAAUACGACAAUCAAAACAAACUGAACAGCUUUUGGAAGUGAAAAAACUAUUUCUAUCUGAUAUGACUUUACUUUGUAAUAAUAAUCGCGAAAACCGACGUACUGUUCUUCAAAUGUCUGUUUGGCAAGAAUGGCUAAUAGCGAUGGCUUAUAUCCAUCCGAAAAAUACUGAAGAACAGAAAAUAUCUGACAUGGUUUACUCUUUAUUUCGAAUGCUCCUUCAUCAUGCUAUCAAACAUGAAUACGGCGGCUGGAGAGUUUGGGUUGAUACGUUGGCUAUCGUCCAUUCAAAGGUGUCAUAUGAAGAAUUCAAACUUCAAUUUGCUCAAAUGUAUGAACAUUACGAAAGACAACGAUCUGAUAAUAUAACUGAUCCUGAAGUAAGACAACAGAGGCCAAUAAGUACAAUUUCAGGGUGGGAUCAACAGCAUUCUGGUAAUAACGGUUACAAUAGACCUUCAGCUUGGACUAUUCAACAAUCAGAAGAUGUGCAGAAUAUUGAAAGGAAUUAUAAAGAGUAUGAAGCAUUAGAGGGAAAUGAUCGUCUUGAAGAAUCAUGUAGUUGCGAUUUGAAUUCUAUUGAUAAUACGGAAAGUGAUGGAAGUCCUUCAAUUAUUAAAUUUCGUAGUGAAAAUCUCGGCACAUUACAAUCUAGUGAAGCAGUUUCUUUAGAUUCAAGGCUAAGUGAUAAAAUUGAAGCAUCUAAUGCAGUUAUUGAAAAUCAUACAGAGACGCCGACUAUUCACGAAGAAGUUAAUAGUGAGGCUAUUUCUUUACCUACUACUCAUGAAACUAGUGAAGUUAUUUCGAUUGAAAGCUCUAGCGAACUUUACAGUGAGGUUCAGAAAGUUGAAAGUCCUAGUAAGGAUUCUGGCAAUAACGAUACUUUGAAGCGUGAAAAAGAGACUUUGGACAAAGAGAAUGAAAAUAACACUACACAAGAAUCUGAAAUUACCGUAGAAACGUCAAAACCAGUAACAACAUCGUCAUCGGAAGAAACGGAAGGAAGUGCAGACAAUAAAGAGGCUUCAGAUAUCACAAAGGAGAUUGAAGGAGAUUCUGAAGAGCAAAAUGACAAAAAGGAAGCAUCAAGCAUAAAAAGUGACGUGGAAACAAUUAAAGAUGAUAAUAGAAAUACUCCUGAAGUGAUCGAUAGUAAAGAAAUAAGCGAUAUCACUGAUACGGAAAAUGAAGAGGCGGAAAAUAAAGAAACUGAAAAGGUCAAACAGUCUGAGAAAAGCACAGAAAGUAAAGAAACAGAAGAUACGAUUGAAGAAAGUAAAAAGGACGAGAAAGAAGCUAAAGCAUUUGAAGUGAAUGAAAAAGAAUCAAAGAGUGAUCAAACGUCAGAAGAAAAUCCCACGUUACAAAGUCCAAAAAAAGAACAGAAUCAAAUAAAAAAUGAUGAAAAAGUACAGGAUGAAGAAUCGAAAGUCGAAGAUAAUGCGAUUGAUAAAGAAUCUACUGUUGCCUUAGAAAAUAUUGCGGCUAUAACGGAAGCUACUGAGAGUUUUGGCACUCACGAAAAUUCAUCACCUGUCAAAGUCAAUACAUCGAGUGACAAAACAAAUGGUGACGUUAUUUCUGAGAUUACUGCCAUCGAAGAAGAGGAAAAAGAAGAAAAGAAGAAAGAAAAAAAUGAAAUAGUUCAUGAAGAUGUGAUAAAUAAUUUAAACAAACACACGUCUAUUCAGAAUAAUGAAGAUUCUAGUAAAGUUGAAGAAGAUUCGAGUGAACAAGUGAUCAAUAUCAAAGAUAUAUCAGGUGAAGAAAAAGCUAAUAUUAAGGCUGAUAAUGUCAACAUGAAAGAAGUUGUAAAAAAUCUCAAUUGCUCAACUAGCGUAAUCGAAUGCUCCGAGGCUGAUGUAGAGAAGGUGAAUCACGACGAAAAGACGUUGAAAUCAUUAAGUGAUAGUGGUUUAACGAACGGCGAGUGUAAUGUAGAUUCAUUAACAGAAAAUAAAAGUGUUAUUAAUAAUAAUCAUAAUAAUAAUAUUAAUGUUAAUAAUAAUGAAGAAAACGGAAAUGAAAAACAUUCAAGGGAGCCGUCCAAUAUUUCUACUAGCAUAAGUGAUAAAAUAAAUGUUCCAGUGAGAACUGAUGAAGUAGAAGUAACUGAUAGUGUUUGUAAUAGUAGCAAUGUUCAAAGUUCUAUAGAUAACACGACGCAAGUGCCAAAUUCUAUGCCGCAAAUUCCAACUAUGGUCUGUGAUGCAACUCAAAGUUUACCCGAUGGUGUGCCUCAAAAUGUUAGUUCUAAUGUGGUUGCAAAGGACAAUCCUGUAAUGAAUGUCUCUCAAUCAACGCCGGAUCAUAUAGAUCCUCAUCGCCGAUCGAGUUUACCCAAUGUAUCUGCUGGAACGGCCACUGAAAUGAAUGGUGAUGAACCACCUCACUUACCUGUUCCGCUCAGAAAAACUUCGUCACCUCAAAAGAGACCACGGAGUGCCUCUACAUCCACCCAGGUGGAUCCUAACCACUUUGAAUCGAAGAGAGUAAAGCAAGGAAAUCCUUCAACUAGACCGAUGUUUAGUCCAGGACCAAGUCGACCUCCCUUUAGAAUACCUGAAUUUAAAUGGUCUUAUAUUCAUCAAAGGUUACUCUCUGAUGUACUAUUCUCUCUUGAAACGGACAUUCAAGUUUGGAGAAGCCAUUCAACGAAAUCAGUGCUGGAUUUUGUAAACAGCAGUGAAAAUGCAAUAUUUGUUGUCAAUACCGUUCAUUUAAUAUCACAAUUAGCUGAUAAUUUAAUCAUAGCUUGUGGUGGUUUAUUACCUUUAUUAGCAUCCGCAACAUCACCAAAUAGUGAACUUGAUGUUAUUGAACCGACUCAGGGUAUGCCAAUAGAAGUAGCAGUAUCAUUUCUCCAAAGACUAGUCAAUAUGGCGGACGUACUUAUUUUUGCAAGUUCUUUGAAUUUCGGAGAACUUGAAGCUGAGAAAAAUAUGUCUAGUGGAGGAAUACUCCGACAAUGUUUACGAUUGGUCUGUACUUGUGCUGUUAGAAACUGCUUAGAGUGUAAAGAACGUGGCAGAACAUACAGCAUGUUAGGUCGACAAAUUGGUACUAGUAAUAAAUCACAGCACAUACAAUCUCUUAUCCGAGGAGCACAAACUUCACCCAAGAAUAUAAUGGACAAUUUAGCUAAUCAGUUGAGUCCUGUGAAAGAUCCUGAAAAGCUUUUGCAAGAUAUGGACGUAAAUCGUCUGAGAGCUGUUAUUUACAGAGAUGUUGAAGAAACUAAACAGGCACAGUUUCUGUCUCUGGCAAUAGUUUACUUCAUCUCUGUACUUAUGGUUUCAAAAUAUCGGGAUAUUUUGGAACCACCAAUUUCACAGAGACCACCAAGUCCUAUUCAAACAAUUCAGACUAAUGGUGCCAAUAUCCGAUCAGGAAGUCCAUCAGGAGAUGGAAAUGGUGGUGGAGGAGGAAGGCCUCUCUUUCCACAGUGGUCUCACCACGUGUAUCCUCAGUUCCUCCCGGGUUCUCACCCCAACGCCAAUGCCAAUGUCAAUGCCAACCACCACAUGAGCCAGCACUACCACCAGCACCCGCUACCGACUGUCAGGCACUCUAAUCGCCAGCCUCCUUCCAACUAUUACAUUCCAAAUCAUCAUAAUAAUCAUUAUAAUAAUCAUCAUCCAAAUAAUUAUAAUUAUCAUCGUCACCAUCAUUACCACCAUCACAAUAAUAAUCAUCAUCACGCGCUUCAAAAGCAUAACGAUCAACCCCGAAACCUCUAUCAUAGAAAUUCUGGUGUUGGUCUGCAAGAGAGUGGAGGUGUUAUGAGUCAAUCUGGAUCUCAAGAUGAUGGUGAAUAUGAAGUUAUUGUUGUCGAUGAAAACAAUUCAUCUAUUCUUGCCGAUCAUGACGUUACUUCUUCUGGUCCUCCAUCAACAAAGGGAGGUCACACUGGUGUACCUCGGUCACAGGCAAUUCUCGAAGAUUAUGGCUCGUCAGAACCAACACUUGGCACUUCAACAAGACCCGAGCAAGUGAAAAGAAAUCAGCAGAGUAAUGACUCUAGUGAAGAUGUCAUGCAUCGUAGCAAUAUUACCACAGAUGCUAGUCCUUCUGAUAUCACUACUGAUAAUGACAAUAAACACAAUUCAUCUGAAGAAGCAUGGACUGAUGUAAAUCUUAACGAAGAUGGUGACACACCUUCAAUAAUCAAUCAACGUGAGGAUUCACGAAAUAUUCACAACAUGUCUCACACUCAUGAUAGUGAAGGAAAUGUUUUGGAGCAAGAUAAUUUAGUUGAUCCAGAGCGUGGAGAAAAACCAUCUGGUGAAAUCUCUGUUGUUCGGAUACCAGAUCGUUUAGUAGUAACAUCAGCAUCUCCCAGACCAGACGAUUUACCAAUUAAGAGUCUUGUUGAACACCUUCCAGUCCCGACACCAUCACGUGAAGCUUCUCUUACACAAAAACUGGAAAUGGCACUAGGUUCAGUGUGUCCUCUUCUUCGCGAAAUUAUGGUCGAUUUUGCUCCAUUUCUUUCGAAAACUCUGGUUGGUUCACACGGCCAAGAAUUACUAAUGGAAGGAAAAGGUUUAACAACUUUCAAAAACAGCACCUCAGUAGUAGAACUUGUCAUGCUUUUAUGCUCCCAAGAAUGGCAAAAUUCUUUACAAAAACAUGCUGGAUUAGCCUUUAUUGAAUUAAUCAAUGAAGGAAGACUGUUAUCUCAUGCGAUGAAAGAUCAUAUUGUACGUGUAGCAAAUGAAGCGGAAUUUAUUCUCAAUAGAAUGCGUGCUGAUGAUGUUCUUAAACAUGCAGAUUUUGAAUCACAGUGUGCACAAACUCUAUUGGAUCGUAGAGAAGAGGAAAGAAUGUGUGACCACUUAAUAACGGCAGCUCGAAGACGCGACAAUGUAAUAGCAAGUCGAUUGUUAGAAAAGAUUAGAAAUAUAUUAUCCAACAAACAUGGAGCUUGGGGAUAUAUGGAUCCAAUGGCUGCAAAUCUCAAUGAUUCCGACAGGCUAACAGAGUAUUGGAAGUUAGAUGCGUGGGAAGAUGAUGCAAGACGACGAAAACGUUUUGUUCACAAUCCACUGGGUUCAAGUCAUCCAGAAGCAACUUUGAAGGCAGCUUUAGAACACGGUGCGCCUGAAGAUGCAAUUCUUCAAGCACGUGAAGAGUUUCAUGCUCAUCUAGCAGCAUCACGUGCUCAUCAACAACAACUACAGUCGGCUGAUCUUAUGGAUGAUAAUGAAUUGUUGUCUGACGAUAGAGAUCUUGAUAGUGAUUUAACUGGUCCAGUAAACAUUAGUACCAAAGGAAAAAUAAUUGCACCAGGAAUCGUCGCACCCGGAAUUAUAUCAAUCACUUCAUCAGAAUUGUAUUUCGAAGUUGAUGAAGAGGAACCAGAAUUCAAAAAGAUUGACAGUGAGGUUCUCAAGUAUUGUGAUCACUUGCAUGGAAAAUGGUACUUUUCGGAGAUUCGAGCGAUUUUUUCACGCCGAUACUUGCUGCAAAAUGUGGCGAUCGAGAUUUUUCUUGCCAGCAGAACUUCGAUUCUGUUCGCAUUCCCGGACCAGGCGACGGUGAAGAAGGUGAUCAAGGCGCUACCGCGGGUCGGUGUUGGCAUCAAAUACGGGAUUCCACAGACUAGAAGAGCAUCAAUGAUGUCACCAAGGCAGCUGAUGAGGAAUUCAAACAUGACGCAAAAGUGGCAGCGACGAGAAAUAUCUAAUUUUGAAUAUUUAAUGUUCCUCAAUACAAUUGCUGGACGAACAUACAAUGACUUGAAUCAGUAUCCAGUUUUUCCAUGGGUUCUCACUAAUUAUGAAACUAAAGAACUAGAUCUCAGUCUACCAAGCAAUUAUCGAGAUUUAUCUAAGCCGAUUGGAGCACUUAAUCCUAGCCGAAGAGCUUAUUUUGAAGAGCGUUUCCAAAGUUGGGAACACGACAGCAUUCCUCCGUUUCAUUAUGGAACUCAUUACUCUACUGCUGCUUUCGUUCUUCAUUGGCUGAUUCGUGUGGAGCCCAUGACAACAAUGUUCUUGCCACUCCAAGGUGGCAAAUUUGAUCAUCCCAACAGGCUCUUUUCAUCAAUUGCGCUUUCGUGGAAGAACUGUCAACGCGACACAUCUGAUGUUAAGGAACUGAUUCCCGAAUUUUUCUUCCUGCCUGAAAUGCUAGUUAACAGCAAUCAUUAUCGUCUUGGUAGACAAGAAGAUGGAAGUGCUGUUGGCGAUGUUGAACUUCCGCCUUGGGCAUCAUCACCUGAAGAAUUUAUUCGAAUUAAUAGAAUGGCUUUGGAAUCAGAAUUUGUAUCCUGUCAACUCCAUCAAUGGAUUGAUUUAAUUUUCGGCUACAAGCAAAGAGGUCCAGAGGCAGUGCGAGCUACUAAUGUUUUUUACUACUUAACUUACGAAGGAAGCGUGGACUUAGAUACAAUAACUGAUCCUGUCAUGAAAGAAGCGAUAGAGAAUCAGAUUAGAAACUUUGGACAGACCCCUUCACAGCUUCUAAUGGAGCCACAUCCACCCCGAAGUUCAGCGAUGCAUUUGUCUCCAAUGAUGUUCUCCAGUAUUCCUGAUGAUAUUUGUAUGACAAUUAAAUUUCCAUCAAAUUCUCCAAUCUGUCAUAUAUCGGCAAACACUUACCCACAAUUACCACUGCCUUCAGUUGUAACUGUAACAACUGGUCAACAGUUUGCCGUAAACCGUUGGAAUACUAAUUAUGCUGCAUCUGUUCAGUCUCCCAGUUAUGCUGAUACACCUCAAGCUCAAGCUAUUAAUCAACCACUAUCAAUGGAUCCAGUUUUAUCACAAACAGCUAAUAGUUCAAAUCCUACUCUACGACGACAUUUGGGAGAUAACUUUAGUCAAAAACUUAAAAUCCGAAGCAAUUGUUUCGUUACAACGGUCGACAGUAGGUUCCUUGUAGCAUGUGGCUUCUGGGAUAAUAGUUUCCGAGUAUUUUCUACAGAAACAGCCAAGAUUGUUCAGAUUGUCUUUGGACAUUACGGCGUUGUAACAUGUUUAUCACGCAGUGAGUGUAACAUCACAUCUGACUGCUACAUUGCAUCCGGCAGUGCCGAUUGUACAGUUCUCUUAUGGCACUGGAAUGCCAGAACACAAACAAUCGUUGGUGAGAGCGAAGCACCAGCACCUCGUGCAACAUUAACUGGUCACGAGCAGCCUGUUUCAGCCGUUGUUAUUUCUGCUGAGCUGGGUCUUGUAGUCUCUGGAUCAAACUAUGGUCCGGUUCUCGUACACACGACAUUUGGUGAUUUACUGAGAUCUUUAGAAGCACCGAAUGGAUUCAAUUCACCGGAAAAUAUUGCAAUGUCUCGUGAAGGUGUGAUAGUAGUCAACUAUGAACGUGGGCAUAUUGCUGCAUUUACUAUUAAUGGCAAACGACUAAGACAUGAAUCGCACAAUGAUAACCUCCAGUGUCUUCUAUUAAGUCGAGAUGGUGAAUACUUAAUGACUGGCGGAGACAAAGGAAUUGUUGAAGUCUGGAGAACAUUUAAUCUUGCUCUACUCUACGCUUUCCCUACUUGUGAGAGUAGUGUACGUUCUUUAGCACUCUCCCAUGAUCAAAAAUUCUUACUUGCUGGAUUAGCUAAUGGCUCAAUCGUUAUUUUCCACAUCGAUUUCAACCGAUGGCAUCAUGAAUUUCAACAACGUUACUGAAAUUACGGUUGCCUUUUCGUCCGUUAUUAGAUAAUAGUUCGGAGUAAUCUCAAUCGCGGACGAAAAUAUUUGGCAGCUAACUAUAAUUAUCAAAUUGAAACAAUUAAAUCGCAACACAAAGUGCUGUAAAAGCCGAAGAAUAAAUUAAACAUGAUUUGAGGUAGUGACGAAUUUAGUGUAAGUAGGAAAAACAAUGGUACUUAAAAUUGUUUUAUAUUACCAUAUACAGGGGCGAAAUUCAUAGUGUACUUUGAUUAAUUGUAGUAUUGGACUAGAAUACUUAAAAUUAGUGAAACUAUAAAAUGAGCAGCCCAUAAGCAUUUGUAUUUCUAUAAUUCAUAGGAAAAAAUUGUGUAAUUCAAAUAAUAAUGAUUGCGUUAUGAUCGAAUGCUCUUAUUACUCAAUUAUUAUGGCUUGUGAGUAUUAAUAAAUAAAGCGAAUGAUGAACUUUCGUCCGGUACUUAGUAUUAUACCUAGAGCAUUUGUAAUGUUACAGAGCUUGAUAAAUUAUCUAUUCACAAGCUAAUCAAUAAGUAGUAGAGUACGCUAGUCAAUUAAAAAAAAAAUUGAACUUUUCAUCUAUAUUGCAUCUUUGCGACAUUAUUUGAUAAUCAGAAUCGCAAAAUUGCAAAAUUACAGAUGAAUUAAAAAAAAAAUAUGCCAAACGGCGCGCGACUUAUUUUUAUGCACUUACGUACGUGGAUUAAGAGCUAAUAAAUUACGUUAUAAUUGACUGUGUAAAUAUGAUAAUUAUCCCAAUAUUAUUAAAUUGAUAUGUGGAUAUGCGUGCAUUAGAAUAUUAUAUAUAAUUCCUCGCCAAUAUUAUUGCUGUUCAUGGAAGAGCAUCAGCCUUAAGCUGAUUCACCACGUACGAAUAGUUAAAUUUGCACGCUAUUGUGAUGAAAAUUCACAAAUAAUUGAGAGGAGGAUUAAAAACUUAGGGAGUAUUUAUAACAGAAAAUAAAUCUGCGCCACUUUUGCUCGCAUUCCAAAAUCACGUCCUUUAAAAAAAUCCUAAUUUCAUCAAAGCCGUCCAGCUUAAACUUUGUGAGGAUAUUUCUUGAUAUUUUCGCAUGCGAAGUAUACCUUAACAAAAAAAAAAUUAAAAGAACAAAUGAUAAAUUAAUAAAAUGUACCUAGGUUUAAUUAAAAACACUAAUCAAUUAUAAACGCGUAAUUUACCCGAAAUUAAAUGAAAACUAUUUGAUGGUGAAAUAAUUUACGCGUUAAAAUAAUGAAGUAAACAACAAAUAUGAAAUAGAAGAAAAGGAAAUGAAAUCAUGUUAUAUAUCCUUUUCACAUUGCCUCAAUAAAUAAAAAAAAUGCCGUAUUUAUAUAUUAAAAUGACAAGUGUAUAAAAAUAUUACACACAAAACUUUGUAACAUAAUUGGCGUACACAAUCGUUUAAUCUAUGUGGAUGAAUAGUCUCAAAUAUAGGACGGCAUGUGCUUUUGCAAUAACUACAAUAUUUUACUGCUAUUAUGGAAAUUUCUAUUAAAUAUAAAUGUUGUGCGUCUGAAUAAUAUGUAAUAUGAAAAAUAUGAACGAUACUUAAAUUGUAAUCAUAUGACAUGACACAACUAAAUAUCGUAUUUUGUAUUGUAUUAUAAUUGAAUAAUCGCUUAAAUGAAAAACUUAAAAAUCAUGAAUGUGACGUCGAAUAUGUGAAGUUGAUGAACGUGAAAUAUGCAAGUUAUCAUCACUAGUCUAGGGGCCACAUAAGGAAGAAGAUAACUUUUAUUUCAUAUUUUAUUUUAUUAUGUUAUUAAAAUAAUAUAAGAGCAAUAGUAUGCGCCAGUAACAAUCGCCGAAUUUACGUUUUUCUUUCUAAUGCACAUUAGACGUAGCUAGUCAUGAAAAAAAGCAAAGAGUUUUUACAAGUCAUUUGCAGAUCACAUUAGCUGUCAUAUGUUUAAUAUAUUACAAACUAUAUCUAUAUUGUUCUUAACAAAACUAUGUCUAUAUUAUCGAAAAUACAAGGGAAACUAUGCAUGAAAUUGUUAUUUGAAUAAUCAAGAUAAAAUUUUCGCAAAUAUCGUUUGAUUGAUUAUAAAUUAUUAUUAUUAUUAUAAACGAGCAGAUAUUUUAAUGGGAAUCUUAUUAAUGCUUCAUAAGUAAUAUGUAAGAAUGAAAACGAUGAAAAGUUUGAUUGGUAUUUAGUGGUAAUUCAUGUACUUAAUUGAGUCAUAAGUAUGAUGAGAUAAAACAAAAUUUAUUUUAUGUAAUUAACAUUCCAAUUGCAUUUUAUGCUAAUCUGAGUGAUUGAUAUAGCGCAUGGCAAGUCAAAAUGAUUCUUGAAUGAUUAUUAUACAUAUAUAUAAAUAUAUAUAAAUAUAUGAAUAUAAAUAUAUUAUUAUAUAUAUUAAUACUGCUCAUAAGCUCGAACGAAGAAUUACUGUGAACUUAAACAGCGUGUGUUCUCGCAAGUAAGAGUCUGUUAUAUUUGUUUAUAAAAAAAUUUGCGAGCGCUGUAUUUUAUCAAGCAAAGUUGUUAGUGAAUUCCCUCCAUAAUGCUAAAAAAAAGUUAAAUCAAUCUCUGUCCGAACUUAAUAACUUCACUAUAAAUAAUGCUAUUUUAAAUAACGCUAAAUAUAACGCUAUGAGAGUUCGCCUAUAUUAUCAUCAGUUAUUAUUCUUACAAUUAUGACUACAUACUUGAAUGUUGACAGUAUAUAUUGUCCAUAUCUAUGUAUGGAUCCAUAGAUUUGUAUAUUCAGUGAAUAAGCACAUUAAUGUUUAUGUGUGAAGUAAUUUUACUUAUCCGCAUGACUAUACAAAAAUUGAAAUACAAGAUGUAUAAGUUGUGUAAAGUUUUAUCUAAUUCGUUGGUAUAUAAUUAAUGAUACCUUUCCAUAAUCCAUACCUUGAGGAUUAUUUAGGGUUCGAUUUUUUAAAAAAAAUGUCCAUUAUUGGCUGUUAACGAUGGAUAAAUUAUUAUCAAACGGUGCUAUAAACAUUACAUAAUUCUGCAUCGUAAAUUCAGUAAGUUAAGUGGAAUAAAAAAUUUUUAAAUACCUUAUUAAUUAUUUUCCAUUAAUCGAAAUAAAAUGUAGAGAUAUCAAAAUAUUGUAUUCCGUUGUAGUAAAUAUGAUAAAACAACAAAAGAAGCGUUAUUGAAUACGCGAAAACUUUUUUACCGUCUUUCUUGAAAUUUUUUUUUUACAUAAUAACCAUAAAUAUCGCUUUAGAUUUUUUACCGCUGUAACGUAGAAUGAAAUAAAACGGAUAAACUGUAUUCGAUAGUAGUUAUUCGAUUAGGUAAAUAUUAAUAGGUUGUUCCAAAUAAAUAAUACGCAUAAUGAAAAUUAGCCAAUUAUAGUAAGGAAGAAUUGUGGAAAAAUAGUCGAUUCGUUUUCCACAUAGAGUAUUGCAAACUGGCUUUUAUAAAUUAACCAUUCAACAUGGAACUUACUCAAAUAUUUUCAUAGUUUAUCUUCAUUUACCAGUUGUUUUUUCGAUAAAUCAUAAUAAUUAUUAAUUAAAUAUGAUUAAAAGCACACAUGUCACAUCCUUGAAAGUAUGAUUACGAUGCAAAUUAGUAAUUUAAAUCGUUGAUAUUUUAUCACAUAAACUCUACCAAUUAUUUUGUGCUUAAAUGUAAUAUUUCGACUAGAAUAAUGUAAUGGGCAAGCUGUAUCUUACUGUAAGGUAGAAUAAUAUGUAAAAAAAACAAAGUAAUAUAGUAAAAUAAAUUAAAAAUACAUUU